UUUUUUUUUUGUAAAUACCCCUUUUCCUCCCUACUCUACUCUACUCUACUCUUUUCUUUUUUAAAAUAAAUAUAUAAAUAAAUGCUUACUACAUAUUUGAGUCAACAGACUCGUAAGGCUACUCAAAGAGCUUUUUAUCGUUUGACGAGUCAACGAUCUUUAGCAACAACACAUAACCCAAUUAUUGAAAAGGACUGUACAUCUAUUACACCUCCUUAUGCUAAAUUAACCAAGAAUCUUCAACUUGUUAAGCGUAUUUUAGAUAAUCGUCCAUUGACUUUGGCUGAAAAAUAUAUAUAUUCUCAUUUAACGAAUCCAGAAGAAACCAUUCCCGUUCGUGGUGAAACUUAUUUAAAGCUAACACCAGAUCGUGUCGCUAUGCAAGAUGCUUCUGCUCAAAUGGCACUUCUUCAAUUUAUGCUUUCUGGUAUGCCUACAACAGCUGUACCUACAAGUAUUCACUGCGAUCAUUUGAUUGCUGCUAAUGAAGGCGCUGAUAAAGACGUUCAGGAAUCUAUUUCAUCCAAUAAAGAAAUAUAUGAUUUCUUGGAGAGUGCUGCAAAAAAAUAUGGUAUUGCUUUUUGGAAACCUGGUAGUGGUAUUAUUCAUCAAAUUGUCUUGGAAAAUUAUGCUGCACCUGGUGGAUUGAUGCUUGGUACAGACAGUCAUACUCCAAAUGCAGGUGGUUUGGGUAUGAUUGCUAUAGGUGUAGGUGGAGCAGAUGCUGUCGAUGCAAUGGCUAAUAUCCCUUGGGAAUUAAAGGCACCUCAUAUCAUUGGUGUCAAGUUGACAGGUCAAUUAAAUCCAUGGGCAAGUCCUAAAGAUGUCAUUCUCAAGUUGGCAGGUCUAUUGACAGUAAGGGGCGGUACAGGACAUAUCAUUGAAUACUUUGGUGAAGGCGUCAAGACGUUAUCCUGCACAGGUAUGGCUACCAUGUGUAACAUGGGUGCUGAGGUAGGCGCUACCACCUCGGUCUUCCCUUAUACUGAGAGCAUGCGUUCUUAUCUAAAUGCCACCGGUCGACACGCUGUCAGUGAAGCAACAGAAGAUGCUCAUGUUCGUUCCCUUUUAUGUCCCGAUCCGGAUGCCUAUUACGAUAAAGUCAUUGAAAUUAAUCUGUCAGAGAUUGAACCUCAUAUCAAUGGCCCUUUUACCCCUGAUUUAAGUACACCCUUAAGCAAGUUUAAAGAGGUCGUCGCUAAAAAUGGUUGGAAGGAUGAAGUAUCGGCUUCCCUGAUUGGUAGUUGCACUAAUUCCUCUUAUCAAGAUAUGUCUCGUGCUGCUUCCAUCGCUAAGCAGGCCAUUGAUGCUGGUAUUCAAAUCAAAUCCAACUUCUUAGUCACUCCAGGUUCUGAACAAAUUCGUGCAACGAUUGAGCGUGAUGGUCAACAGAAAAUAUUUGAAGCUGCUGGAGGUCAAGUGUUAGCUAAUGCGUGUGGUCCCUGUAUUGGACAGUGGAAACGUACUGAAAAGAAAGGAGAAGAAAAUGCUAUUCUAACUUCUUUUAAUCGUAAUUUCCGUAGUCGUAAUGAUGGAAAUGCUAAAACCAUGAACUUUUUAGCUUCUCCUGAGAUUGUUACAGCUAUGGCAUUUAGUGGGAAAUUAUCAUUUAAUCCGAUGACAGAUACUUUAAAAGAUAAAGAUGGCAAAGAAUUCCGUUUUCAACCUCCUUCUGGAGAUCAUCUUCCCUCUCAAGGAUUUGAUGCAGGACGCGCCAGCUAUACACCGCCUUCACCUACGCCUACCCCUGACCCAUCUGUGAAGAUCAAGAUCGACCCUCAUUCCUCACGUCUUCAAGCCUUAGAGGCCUUCAGUCCAUGGGAUGGGGAGGAAUUUAAGAAUAUUCAAGUCCUUGUUAAAGUCAAGGGGAAGUGUACGACCGAUCAUAUCUCUGCUGCUGGACCUUGGCUUAAGUAUAAGGGACACCUUCAGAACAUUGCUGAAAAUACCUUAAUUGGAGCACAGAAUGCGGAUAACGGCAAAGUCAAUCUGGUGAGGGACGUGAGAGAGGAUCGAGAGGGCACGAUCCCAGAGGUAGCAAAAUCGUAUAAGCGACAAGGGAUGGAAUGGACAGUGAUAGCUGACCAUAACUAUGGUGAGGGAUCAGCACGAGAACAUGCUGCCUUACAGGUUCGUUAUUUAGGUAGUCCCCUCAUCAUUUCACGUUCAUUUGCCCGUAUCCAUGAGACCAACUUGAAGAAGCAAGGUGUUAUACCCUUAACGUUCAAGAACGAGAGUGAUUAUGAAAGGAUCAAUGGAGGGGAUGUGAUUGAGACAGAAGGUUUAAAACACUUGUCCCCUGGUUCUCCUGUCAAGUUAAUAGUUACUAAACCAAAUGGAACCAAGUUCUCUAUUGAUGUCGUUCAUACUUUGAGCAAAGACCAAAUUCAAUGGAUUCGUGCAGGUUCUGCUUUAAAUCUUAUAAAGAAGAAUGUGCAAGCAUCUUUAUAAAUGUACCUACAAGCUGUGUAUAUAGUCGCAAAGAGUUAUUCAUUCUAUAUUAAUCUAUGUAUAAACUUUUUUUUUUGUCUUUCUAGAUAUAGAUCUAAAAUAAUACUUUGUUUUUUAUUUUUAUUUUUUCCAUGAUUCCACUCUAUUAGUUUUACUUAUAUAUAUAUAUAUCCUCUAUUCAAUAUGGGAUCUAUUAUAAAACACUACACAUAUGAAAUACGUAAUAAAGCGAAUUCAUG